GUCUUCGAGCUGUAAUUUUAAUCUAUCAGUGCAAUUGCACGGGGAUUUCCGCUAGUUUUAUUGACGAAGACAUGUAAGGUUCGUAGCAAUUGUCCCUGGGGAGAAAAAGGUUUGUAGCAAUUGCAGCCAAGAAUUCGGACCUAACAUACUGCUGCGGCUGUUACAAAACCGGCGUCUUCUCAAGCGCAACCACGGGAACGCCCCGAAAACAUCCGGCUGGACACCUCUAUAUAUACCCCUCUCAGCACCGCUCAAAACCCCAACCCAAACAAGCACGCCUUCCUCUUGGCCCCUGGUGUUUUCUUUUGCCUUGUCCUGCUUGUUCGGUGGUUUUCGUUCUCGACCGAUCGUCCCCGCGAUCGCAAUGACGAAGCACGCUACCUUCGCCGCCGAGGACGCAGUCACCGCCGUCGCAGCGGCGCCACCGCAACCGGGGAGGCACUUCACGUCCUUCCCGCCGCCGAGGGCACGCGGCUGCAGGAAGGCCGCGGCGCAGAUGGACUUCGCUGCUCUGGGUGUGGCCAGGACGGGGUCUUGGCUGGACUCCUCAAAGGCAUCCUCGCCGCGCCGCGCCGAGCACGACGACUGGAUGGAGAAGCACCCGUCGGCAUUGGCCAAGUUCGAGUCGGUUCUCGCCGCGGCGAAGGGGAAGCACAUCGUGAUGUUCCUCGACUACGACGGCACCCUGUCCCCGAUCGUCAAGGAUCCCGACAGCGCCGUGAUGACAGAGGAGAUGCGAGACGCGGUGAGAGGCGUCGCCGAGCAUUUCCCGACGGCGAUUGUGAGCGGGAGGUGCAGAGACAAGGUGUUCAACUUUGUGAAACUGGCAGAGCUGUACUACGCCGGGAGCCAUGGCAUGGACAUCAAGGGGCCCACGGCGCAGUCAAAGCACACCAAGGCAAAGGCUGAAGCUAUUGUGUGCCAACCAGCGAGUGACUUCCUGCCUGUAAUUGAGGAGGUGUACCGCACGCUGACGGCCAAGACGCGGUCCAUCCCCGGCGCGAGGGUGGAGCACAACAAGUUCUGCCUCUCCGUCCACUUCCGCUGCGUCCAGGAGGAGAAAUGGGGCGCUUUGGACGAUCAAGUUCGGUCAGUGCUGAAGGAGUACCCGGACCUCCGGCUUACCAAAGGGAGAAAGGUCUUGGAGAUCCGACCCUCCAUCGAGUGGGACAAGGGAAACGCCCUCGAGUUCUUGCUGGAGGCUCUUGGUUUUGCGGACAGCACCAAUGUUUUCCCAAUAUAUAUUGGAGAUGAUCGCACCGAUGAGGAUGCGUUCAAGGUGCUGCACAACAUGGGUCAAGGGAUCGGAAUCCUUGUGACCAAGAUUCCAAAGGAGACCAGUGCAUCCUACUCCCUGCGUGAACCUUCUGAGGUUAAGGAGUUCCUGCACAAGCUGGUGAGGUCCAAGAGCAAUUAAGCAACGGGACUGACAUGGUCCAAUCAGCAGGUGAAGAGCUAGAACUUAUGCAGAUCUGUCCAAGCGCAGAUCGUCCCAGCCAAGGACGAGCAGUAGAGCUAAUCGAUCGAUCUUCAGGCUUGAUCUGAUCGUCCGGUCCCUACCCGCGCGCGGCGACGCAAAUCGAUGACCGCCCGGGAGCACUAGUGCAAUUGCAAGGAAAGAUUUUCUUUGUUUUUUUUUCUUUCUGAGAGGAGCAGGGAGAGAAUAGUUGAGCCAAACUCUAGCCAGAGGAAGGAGGAGCCCUCGGCCAGAGCCGUGGCAACAGCUGCUCUGCCGCCGGCGCAGAGAUGCAGGAGGAGGAAGGUGAUGGUAGAUUGGGAGGUGGGCUGCAUGGCGGCUGCUAGGUAGGCUGGGUGCAUAUUGUGGCCCAUGGGCUAGGUAUUCUAUGAGGCCCUUGUCCCACUUCCAAUGCUACUCGAUCACGCCCCUGCUGUCUGCUUGGUUGAUUUCUCUACUGUAACUGAGAAACAACUAUGAACCAUCACAGCCAACUGCAGGAAAAACUUCUUUUUUCUAGUGAAAUAA